AUGACUGCUCUGGACGAUUUACCCAAUGUUACCAGCUUUUUCGGCAUUGAUUUAAGAACAGGAUCUAUGAUAGUCGCUGCAUUGGGAAUAGUUCAUCCAAUGGCCUAUGGGUGUUCUUUUUUCAUACCAUUAAGCUAUCUUCUAGUCACAAUCUGGAUACUGGUAGCUCUGUAUUUCGCUGCGAGUAUCGUUUUAUUUUGGGGUUUGGCUAAGGAUGACACGAUUCUCUGUGCUCUCUGGAUAUGGUACGCGGUCAUCUUCGUGGUCCUGAUGCUGAUGAUGAUGAUGCUUCUCGCCCUGGUGUUCACGUCGAGGAAGCAGAGGAACCGAGUGUUUAUCGUUAUAUUGGGCAUGCUUUGGUAUAUAUUGACAAUCUAUUUCAUACUAGUGGUGAACAGUCAUCGGAAACAGUUGCAAGGUUCGAGUUCAAAUAGUGACGAAGGUGCUGAUAGAGAUACCUGA